AUGCAAGGACGCAGAGAAGAGCUCCGCAGCUUUGCACAGGAACGAGGCGUGAGUUUCACUGGCGAGGUCUACUUUAGGCCUGUCCACCGCAUGCCUGCAUAUGAGAACAGCGCGGCAGCUUCAGCGCAUCUACCUGUCACGGAUGACUUGUGUUUGAACCAUGUGUGCCCGCCCCUCUACCCGGAGCUGAGAGAUGAAGACGUUGAUUACGUAUGCGAUGUGAUGUCAUGGCCUGGGUUUUUACAUGUGCAUGCAGCGGCAGUCGCAUCCGAAAGUGAGAGCUUCACAACUUUCCCCGAGGAAUGCUUUCAAUGCCUUCAAUGCUUUCAAUGCGCAAGAGCAGGAAGAGCAGAUUGCGCACGCUGCGCACGUUGCAGAGACCGAGCCGCUCUUGAAGAAGCCCAAAAAAAAGGAAUGCACUGGUCGAAUGCUUUGUGA